UGCGGCGCAUAGUUACGGAUCCUUGCAUUGGCCAUCCAUUUCCGCCAUGUGAAAAACAACCACCAAGGGCUGUUUUCAGCGGGCGACUUGCUUCCGUACCUGUCAAAUAAGUGAGGAUGGGACGUUCCUCCAAAGACAAGCGUGACAUUUACUACCGCCUGGCCAAAGAAGAGGGGUGGCGAGCCCGUAGUGCGUUCAAACUUCUGCAACUGGAUGAGGAAUACCAUUUGUUUCAAGGUGUCUCUAGGGCUGUGGACCUCUGCGCAGCUCCUGGAAGCUGGAGCCAGGUUUUAAGCCGGAAGAUUAAAGGAGAAGACAUUAAAAACUCCGAUGUCAAGAUAGUAGCUGUAGAUUUGCAAGCCAUGGCUCCGUUGCCGGGUGUCAUCCAAAUUCAGGGGGACAUUACCAAGGUCUCUACAGCUCAGGAGAUCAUUUGCCAUUUUGAAGGGCAGCCCGCUGACCUGGUGGUGUGCGAUGGAGCCCCUGAUGUGACUGGACUCCAUGACAUAGAUGAGUACAUUCAGGCCCAGCUGUUGCUUGCUGCUCUGAACAUCACUACGCACGUGCUAAAGAAGGGAGGGACAUUUGUAGCAAAGAUAUUCCGAGGGAAGGACAUCACCCUCCUCUAUUCCCAGCUACGAAUUUUCUUUCCUGAUGUGACGUGCGCCAAACCCCGAAGUAGCCGCAACUCCAGCAUUGAGGCCUUUGUUGUUUGCCGAAACUACAGCCCCCCCGAAGGCUACAUGCCAAACAUGUCCAAUCCGUUGCUAGAUCACUGUUACGCUGGAUCCCGAGAAGAAAUACACUUACGUACCCCCGACUCAGCCUCCCAUCUGCCCUCCCUACGAAGAGGCCUGCUUCUUGAAGAAACACAACCUGCUUACCAAGGAGCAAGUGCCCCAGCCUCAGCAGGAAAAUGUCCUCCAGGAGCAGCAAGAGCAGGGGGCUGCAUGCUUACCCCUAGAGGCCGAGGUCACAGACACCCUUGGAAAACUGUCAGUGUGACUUUAUCACAGAAAUGGGGUGCAAGAGGUGCAUAUCGUCCCCUGCUGGUUUGAAAGACUUUUCAUCCUCCUUGGUUUCCCUUUUACAGCAGUGGUUCCCCAUUAGCUAAGUACUGCAGACCCCCCGUUUUUCAAAAACCAAGCCAUGGACCCCUUACUUUUGAAAUU